AUUCCAUUUGCCUGUGAAAAGAAUGGUUUAUACGGUGUAUAUGUAAGCAUCGAUUAAUAAGGAUUCUGAAGGUGAAAGAGUGGCAGUGAGGGAGAAUGGCUUCGGCUCCGGCUCCGAUUUCUAAUGUCUUCGUCUAUGGCAGCCUUCUUGCUGACGACGUCGUUCGAGCCCUCUUAGGCCGAGUUCCAUCUUCUUCCCCUGCCGUCCUUCCCAACCACCAGCGGUUUAGUAUCAAGGAACGUGUUUACCCUGCAAUUAUACCUGUUGAAGAUAAGAAAGUCGAUGGCAGGGUUCUGCUCGGCAUCACACCUCCAGAACUUCAUAUUCUGGAUGAAUUUGAGGAUUUCGAGUAUGAAAGGGAAACUGUUGAUGUGAUUGUGAAGGAUGGUAUGGAGAAACUGAUAGCCUACACGUACGUAUGGGAAAACAAGACUGAUCCGAACUUAUAUGGAACCUGGGAUUUUGAAGAGUGGAAAGUAUUGCACAUGGAUGGCUUCUUGAAGAUGACGAAGGGUUUCAUGAACGAAUUGGAGCUACCUGAUGCCAAGACACGAGUUGCGACGUAUGAUUCAUUUUAUGAAGGGAUAGAUAAUAAGCACUCUAAUUCUUAAGUAUCAUGAUGCUGCAAUUUCGACUGUUGAAUAAUCUUCUCUUCUUAGAUGCUCAUGUAAGUAAAAUAAGAGCAAGAAAUGAUGUAAUUCAAUGAACAGGUUGGCCAAGUUAGGAUGGAUGAUCCAAUUCAUUUCGAACGUGAAAGAAGGUAGUAUUAUAGUUUCAA